AUGGCCAGCGUUGAGGGCUUCCAGUACCGUGCUUUGUACCCAUUCCGCCGGGAGCGGCCCGAGGACCUAGAGCUUCUGCCCGGGGAUGUGUUGGUGGUGAGCCGGGCAGCCCUGCAGGCACUGGGUGUGGCUGAGGGUGGCGAGCGCUGCCCACAGACCGUGGGCUGGAUGCCCGGUGUCAAUGAGCGCACACGACAGCGCGGUGACUUCCCUGGGACCUACGUCGAGUUCCUGGGGCCUGUGACCCUGGCCCGGCCUGGCCCCCGUCCACGUGGCCCCCGUCCACUGCCUGCCCGGCCCCGAGAUGGGCCUCCUGAACCAGGCGUCACACUCCCUGACCUGCCAGAGCAGUUCUCCCCUACUGAGGUGGCGCCCCCGAUUCUGGUGAAGCUUGUGGAGGCUCUGGAGCGGACAGGGCUGGACAGCGACUCCCUCUACAGGCCGGAACUACCUGCCCCACGCACAGACUGGUCUCUAAGUGACGUGGAACAGUGGGACUCGGUAACCCUCUCUGAUGGCGUCAAAAGCUUCUUGCUGGCACUCCCAACACCCCUUGUGACACCAGAGACGGUGGCUGAAGCCUUGCGGACCCUACGAGAGGGUGUGGGACCUGUGGGGCCAGCACUGGAGCCACCGGCCCUGCCGCUGCAUCAUGCGCUCACGCUGCGCUUUCUGCUCCAGCACUUGGGCCGUGUGGCCCGGCGAGCCGCAGCCCCAGGCCCAGCCAUCCGAGCUCUGGCCGCUAUCUUCGGACCUCUGUUGCUGCGCACGCCACCACCUUCACCACCACAAGGGGGUGGACCUGAUGGGAUUGAGCCUAGCCCCAGCCCUGACUUCCUGAAGUUGGUGGAGAAGUUGCUUCAGGAACAUCUGGAGGAGCAAGAGGUCGUGCCCCCAGCACUGCCGCCUAAACCUGCCAAGGCAAAGCCGGCCCCUGGGGGCCUGGCCAAUGGGGGGAGCCAACCCUCCCUGCAGGAUGCUGAGUGGUACUGGGGCGACAUCUCCAGGGAGGAGGUGAAUGAAAAACUGCGAGACACGCCUGAUGGUACCUUCCUGGUUCGAGAUGCAUCAAGCAAGAUCCAGGGGGAGUACACACUGACCCUCAGAAAAGGCGGCAACAAUAAACUGAUCAAGGUGUUUCACCGCGACGGUCACUAUGGCUUUUCAGAGCCACUCACCUUCUGCUCUGUGGUGGAUCUCAUCACCCACUACCGCCACGAGUCGCUGGCCCAGUACAAUGCCAAGCUGGACACAAGGCUACUAUACCCCGUGUCCAAGUACCAGCAGGACCAGAUUGUCAAGGAAGACAACGUGGACGCAGUGGGUGCCCAGCUCAAGGUCUACCACCAGCAGUACCAGGACAAGAGCCGCGAGUAUGACCUACUCUACGAGGAGUACACACGAACCUCUCAGGAGCUGCAGAUGAAGCGCACAGCCAUCGAGGCCUUCAAUGAGACCAUCAAGAUUUUCGAGGAGCAGGGUCAGACUCAGGAGAAAUGCAGUAAGGAGUAUCUGGAGCGGUUCCGGCGUGAGGGUAACGAGAAGGAGAUGCAGAGGAUCCUGCUGAAUUCAGAGCGCCUUAAGUCCCGCAUCGCUGAGAUCCAUGAGAGCCGCACGAAGCUGGAACAGGAACUGCGGGUGCAGGCCUCGGACAACCGGGAGAUUGACAAGCGGAUGAACAGCCUCAAGCCCGACCUCAUGCAGCUGCGCAAGAUCCGAGACCAGUACCUUGUGUGGCUUACUCAAAAAGGUGCUCGGCAAAAGAAAAUCAACGAGUGGCUAGGGAUCAAAAAUGAGACUGAGGACCAGUAUUCCCUUAUGGAUGAUGAGGAUGAGCUUCCUCACCAUGAGGAACGGACAUGGUAUGUGGGCAAGAUCAACCGAACACAAGCCGAGGAGAUGCUGAGUGGCAAACGGGAUGGCACCUUCCUCAUCCGUGAGAGCAGCCAGCGGGGCUGCUAUGCCUGCUCUGUGGUGGUGGACGGCGACACCAAACACUGUGUCAUCUACCGCACAGCCACCGGCUUCGGCUUUGCAGAGCCCUACAACUUGUAUGGGUCCCUCAAGGAGCUGGUGCUGCAUUACCAGCAUGCCUCGCUGGUGCAGCACAAUGACGCACUGGCUGUCACGCUGGCCCACCCCGUGCGGGCCCCCGGACCCGGGCCCCCAUCUGCCACCCGCUGA